CCUCCCCACAGAACUGAGGGCUGGCUCCUGGCCUGCGGCUGGGCUCUGACAGGAGAAUGAAAGGUCUCCGCUGGCGGUACACGCGGCUGCCCAGCCAGGUGGAGGACGCUCCAUCUGCAGAGAAGGGUGAGGAGGAGGAAGAGGAAGAGGAGGAGGAGGCAGCCCCGGGGCCAGCCCCAGCCCCAGCGCCUGAAGACCCCGUGGAGCCCCAGCUGGCAGAAGCCAGCCAGGUUCUGGGAGCCUCGGAGAUUAGGCAGCUCAGCCUCCACCUCCCACCGAGAGUCACAGGAUAUUCCUGGCGUCUGGCCUUCUGCACGUCGAGGGAUGGCUUCAGUCUGCGGAGCCUGUACAGGCAGAUGGAGGGCCACAGCGGGCCGGUGCUGCUGGUGCUGCGGGACCAGGAUGGGCAGAUGUUUGGGGCCUUCUCCUCCUCGGCUAUUCGACUCAGCAAAGGCUUCUAUGGUACUGGCGAGACAUUCCUCUUCUCCUUCUCCCCACAGCUGAAGGUCUUUAAGUGGACAGGAAGCAACUCUUUCUUUGUCAAAGGAGACUUGGAUUCACUGAUGAUGGGCAGUGGCAGUGGCCACUUCGGGCUGUGGUUGGACGGAGACUUGUACCACGGGGGAAGCCACCCCUGUGCGACCUUCAAUAACGAGGUGCUGGCCCGGCAGGAGCAGUUCUGUAUCGAGGAGCUGGAGGCCUGGGUUCUGAGCUGAUGCCCUCACGUGGGCAGCUUCCUGAGGGAACAGGAGGUCAGACCUGCUCAUGGAUGCCAUCCGGGCCCCUCCUUGUGCAGGGCAGCCCAUUCUGUCCGAAACAUGGAUGGCGAGGUGGCCUACUGCUGGCUGUGGCUGUGAGCCAGCCUCCCCGUGGCCUGGGGACCCAAGACAGGCCUGGGGGCAGGCAGUGUUCUCCUGGAGAGGUGCCUUUGAAGGACUGAAAGAUAUUUACACCUCACCCAGGCAGUGCAAGUCCCUCGUGAAAAUCAUCUUUUUAGAAAUUAUACAUGGUUUUUAUAGAAAAACCAGAAGACGUAAAAAAAUUAAACUUGCCUAAAAUUCAACCACUCCCCCAAAACACUGACAUUUUCAUGUAUAAUCUUCCAGACAAUUUUCCAUGAAGAUAUAUAUAUAUAUACACUUUACAAAAAUGGGAUUCUACACUGUAUGUUUUGGAAAUUGUUUUAACUUAAAGAAUAUUGUCAAACCAGACACCUGGGCUCAACCAGUGAAACUAAUAAAGACUCUAGGAGUAUCACUGAGGGCUUUGUCUGCCACCAGUGUGCCAGGUACUUGCAAAUCUCGUUUAAUUUCACGAGGAAGAUAUGAAAGCAGCAAAUGAACAAUACGCUUAUUUGGACAAAGAAGUUGAAACUGUAGAUGGGAACCUCAGGAAGGUUAAAAGAAAGGCUAUCAUUUCUGGCACAACAGGAGCUCAGAAAACUAAGCAAAUCCCAUAUUCCUUCCCAUGCUAGUGCCUACUCCCGCCAGAUGGAAAAGAUUCUUUAUUAUGCCAUGACUUGCCAUUACUGAAUAAGGAAAACCAAAUAACUUAGGCCCCGUUAAAUACCAUCCCCUCUCUCGCAGACCCAGCACAACAUUGAGGUACUAAGAAAACACCUGGGGAAUUGCGUAGACACAUUUCCUUUGCACAAAAAGGUCAACACUGGACACACAGGUGUGAGAGAAAGUCAUUAAGGAAGACACCUCUGGUUUCCAGA